AUGAGCGCUCCUUUCCGGCGCCGAAACGGUCGCAAGGCCGCCUGUGAGGCCUGCCGAAGGCGGAAAUUAGCAUGUGACCACAGUUACCCUACAUGCCAGCGAUGUCAGAAGCGCUCAAUGACAUGCGUCUAUUUUGAGCGUUCCUUGGCAGACAAAGGAGUAGAAAGGAUCACCGAAGACGUAGGACAGGCCCUCAGCCGGUCCAGUGACCCAAUCUACGCGCCAUUUGCGUCGAAGAAUCGGCGGGCUCUACAGCAUACCAGACCCGUGAUCGACAGCCCAACGGAGUAUCUGGGUCCGACAAGCUUUACGUCAGUUUUUAUGGAGCAUGGUGAUCGGUUUGAGUUGGAGCCUGCAGUUAGAGCAUCAGGGAGUCAGGCUGACUGUGUCACUGAUCCUGAUCUGAGUUCGCCUCCACACCCGAAGUGCGCUACGGACAGGCAGCGGCUGCAGCUUGCGGCGGAAGUUCUACAACAGAUACCCGGGGAACAGGAUUGCUCCAGUCUCUUUUCGAGGCAUGUCAACCCAAAUGAUGGCUGGAUUCGACUAGCCGCCCAUCACUCGUCAGAGAGGAUGUGGAAUGCACUCCGCCCGGCCCUAACCCGACGGUCGACAGACGACUUGCUGACUCUGGCUGCCCAUAUUUCAGCAAAUAGCAAGGCAGAAUUGAGGGAGAAGCACCAUCCUCAAGCGUGGCUGGCGUCAUUUACCGGGAAGCAGAUGCGGUGGGAAACCCUCGGCAUCUUGUACACCUACUGGGCGUUCGGAGCCAUAUCCUCGUCCCCGGAGAGCGAGGCCGUCUCCCGGUACUGUCAGGGGCAUCCAUCAAUCAUGGGACCGAAACAGUUGAUGGCUCACUUGAAGCAUUAUGCGUCCUUGUGCAUUGAUUUGUGCCGGCAACUUGGCUCUGUCAACGUCCUGUUUGUGUAUCUGCUCUACAAGCACAAUAUCUUAGAAGGUUUAUUGAACGGUGACAAAAGUCUCUCAUGUUGGAUGCAGCAUGGCGAGCUCGUUGCGGUUACCACGUCCAUAGGACUACAUCGGGAGCUGACAGCUACGUCAGAACCGCCGACACUGCAGCAUGAGAUGAAAAGGAGGGUUUUCGCUGCAGUCUUUAACAUAGAUAAGGUCAUAUCAACUUUCACCGGCAGACCGCCAAUGCUGAGUCAAGCAUGUUCAUCGACACGUCUCCCACUGGACAUGAGCGAUGAGGCGCUGCUGUCGGGCGAUCUUCUGGCUGCAGCCGCUGAGCUGGACUCGCAUGGAUGGAAUAAAUACGGCCGAAUUUACUCCACAACGAUCCUGCGAUCCCGUACAAUGUUCGCACGGAUUCGCCAUGAGAUACUGGAGCUUGUACAAGCUUCGCUGGAGGCCCGGCCAGAACAAUUAAUAGAACAAGCCAGGAAACUGAAACAAAGGACACAUGAUACAUACAUGCAGCUACCAGAGUCGAUCAUAUUCUCGUCUAGUAAGGUAGACAGUACAGACAUUCCAGGGUAUGAUCUCUACGCACAGAUACUCUCCAAACUUGAGUAUCUGCUGAAUUUGUUCCUGUUGGAACGCCUCUUGACGCGUCAUGAGACAAACACCAAGCAGGUCCUAGUCGAUGCAAUGUCGUACGCCGUCCCCCCUAGUGGGAUCCUCUGCCUCGAACUCCUGCGACCAGAAUAUAUCGUGCAUAUCCCACGCUCGGACAUUAUCCAGAACCUCAGUUUGCUUGUUGCGUUCCUUGACUGGCUCAAGCCUUCGGCAUCAGGAGAUACGGUUUUGUUUAUUCGGAAGAUCCUUGGUCGGUGUCUGGAUCGAAUUCUCAAUGUGCCCUGUGUUCAGGCUUCCCACCAACCUAGUCCCGAUGCUCUCUUUAAUCGACCAUUCUCGGACGAGAGUGCUGUUACUGAUUUUGCACACCUUGAACUCUUAAACACUUUUGACUGGAUUGACUGGAGUCUAGCCGAGGCUGCAUGA